AUGAAUAACAACGAGCAUCGCCCCCUGCUGGCAUCCGACCACAAGCGGCUGGGAAGCGUCCGCUUCCCGGAGGAGCGGUCCUUCAUUUCAAAGUGCAGGCACAACACCAAGCGCUAUCUCACCUCCAAAUAUGGACACUACAGCGUGCUGGGGCUCGUGUCUCUCGACAUCAGCUCCAUCUUCGCCGACCUCAUCCUGCAACUCCUCAUCUGCGAAGGGCGCGUGCCGGCCAAAGACGGCAAUAAGGCGUCGGAUGUGCUGGGGAUUGUCAGCCUGGUGUUUUCCUGCUUGUUCAUGGUGGAACUGAUAGCUUCAAUCUGGGCAUUUGGUUGGCGCUUCUUCCACUCCUGGUUUCACUGUCUGGACGCGACCGUCAUCACCGCCGGCUUUGUGAUUGACGUGCUGUUGAAGGGGCAGUUGGAGGAGAUUGGCUCGUUGGUAGUGGUGUUGCGUUUGUGGCGAGUUUUCAAGAUCAUCGAAGAGCUUAGUGCCGGUGCGGAAGAGGAAAUGGAACCGCUGCAAGAGCGCCUCGAAGAUCUGGAGUCGGAGAACCAAGAGCUGAAGCGAGAAAUUGAGGAGCUGAAGAGCGGAAAUGGCUCGUCGCAGGUUUGA